GAACGUGAGUCUGAUUUUUAUUUACCAAUUCUAUGAAUAACAAGGGAAAAGAAAGUUUCUCAAGAUUCUUUACUUUAGAUAUGGGAGUGCAUCGCAGAGCUGGGGAAGAAGAGUAUGGAGACUCAAUAUAUUUACAAAAAAAUUCUACUACCGUACAAAGAGCAACGAAUACCCUUUCAAACAAAGCCAAAUGGCAACCCGGUGUCAAUAAUAGCAACGAUAUCAGACGAACCCACCUUACCAAUUACAACAGUGCCGGAUGCGAUAUGCUUCAUAUAUUCGAUGAACUGUCAUAUGAAGAGAAAAGUGAAGAGAAGAAGGAAGAAAAGAUCGAAGGAAAAAAAGGAAAAAAAAAAGAGAAAAAAAAGAGAAAAGAAAAAAAAGAAAAAAUGUUGGGACCUCAUGGAACAAGAGGAAUUUUUCUGUCAGCACCUGGAUCAGUUAGCGAGCUGGUUGAACAUCCUAGAACCAGCCAGCAGUUCCCAAAUACGUCCAACAUCGAUAAAUUUGUCCUGGACGACAAAUCGCAAAAGAGUAACAGCAGUCUCCUACGGAGCAUCAGUCAUAGCCCCGAAAAAGGGGAACAGAGACCCCUUGAUUGCGAUUCGACAGGACUACGAUUUGAACAUAUUCCCGAGAGAUCCGAACGGAGUGAUAAUGCAAAAAAUAGAAGGAUGGGACUAUGGGAAUUGCGCAGAGACCAAUCCCUGGAUCUACCUAACCAAGUUGAAACCGAAUAUUCCGAUAAAAACGCGCACAAUAGAUGUGAGAACGAAAAAAAGGAAGCUUCCCUGUCGAAAUUGCGAGAGUUGCCAGAUUACCUACGUGAACAACUAAAUAAAAAUAAUCAUUGGGAAUUUCACCAGAUCACAGAGAAAGACUCAUUGGACUUUGUAGAUUCGGAAUAUUUCAGUUAUCUUAAUGAGAAAUUUGAUAUUAAAAGUGCUCAACCAAUAUUCAUAGAUCACUCCGGAUAUGUUAUUUGGAUAUUAGAUGAGGAUGACCAUAUGUAUGAAUGGAACGAGAUGGAACGAGGCCUGAAAUACCUUGGAAAAGAUCUAAUUGAAGGCCUUACAAAUUUUUUCAUUUAUCCAGAUAAUAUUUGCGAAGUCAUGGAGGACACAGGUGAACGGAUCCCUGUAAAGGAGUUCAAGCUUAAAAUGAAGGAAAAGGCGAAAGAGAUUUGGGAUGAUCGUAUAAUUUUAAAUAUUAAUUAUUAUAAGUAAAAUUAUAUAAAUCAAUCAUAAUUCUGCAAUUAGAAGAUCAUCCUGCAUAUUUGUAAAUUUAUUUGUAAAUUAAAGUAAUAGGAACAUUUGCUUAUCUUGCAUAUUUGUAAACCAAAAUAAUGAAAUAUAAUCAACUGAUUUCCGAUCUCAUGUUUGCAGUAUUGUAAUUAUGUAAGCAUUCUGACACGAGGUCAGCAAAAUUUACCAAGAAAAAUUUUAUUAAUAUGCGAAAAAUAAAUACAA